CAGAUAUAAGCCGUGAACAUCCUUACGAACUGUAUUCAAGUGCCGGAGUCCGGACGAGCUGUAACAGUCAGACAACACCCUAUAUUACGAAAUGAUGUUUCUGGUAUCUUUACUGGUGUUGGGUGUGGCGUCCGCGGCACGGUUGGAACAUCUAACGCAGGGUUACCAAGGCGGCUCCGGAACACCUUUCCACUAUGAAAAUGUCAACAAUGGAGACGGCAGUUAUCACUAUAGUUACGACACACCCACCGGUAUAUCGGCGCACGAGAGCGGUGCACCCAGGGCUCCAGGCCCUGAGGGUCCCGCGGUGACCGCGGAAGGUGGGUUCUCCUUCCGUACAAUCGACGGCCAGCAGAUCUCGCUGACGUACACCGCUGAUGAGAACGGCUUCCACCCAGUCGGUUCCCACCUUCCCACACCACCGCCGAUCCCGGAAGCGAUACUACGCUCCAUUGAAUUCAACCGACAGAACCCGUCUUCUGACGACGGCUCUGGUGGUCGUAACGCUUACAGGUACUAGGCGCCCUCUACAAGUGACAACCUGAACGAGAUUGCACGUACCUCAUAGCACGGACUGUGAUAAAAAGAUUAAAGUCCCUUUACGCACUUCCCUAUUCAAUUAUUAUAUUGUAAUUAUCUUUUUUAAUAAAACGAUUCGGUAAUAUCCGCUCGA